GACUGUUAUUUACUUUUGGGGUCUUGUUUGAAGCAAGAUCCUAAGUUUGAUCCAAAUUUGUGGUAUAUAGUAUAGUUUAAAUGGUGUUUUUGGAAGACCCCACAUCCCACUUUUGUAUUCAACAUUUGAAGCUUUCUUUGUGUUGGUUUUUCUCUAAUUACAAGAGAAGCCUCACCAUUUUCCUCUCACUUCCAUUCGCUUACUACUCCCAAGUGAUUGUAUUCUUCAUCGCCUACUCCAUCAUGUCCCUGUCCCCCUGGACAUGCUCUCUUCUUUCUCCUCCCUCACUUUCUCUCUCUAAUUCCCCCCAAACCCAGACUCCCCCACCACUCCUUCCCGACCCCACUCGCUCCAAGCGCUCAUGGGUCGAAUCCCUUCGCUCCCUCACCCGCUCUAACUCCUUUCCACAAGCCAUUACCACUUUCAUUCAGAUGCAGGUCUCCGGCGUCCUACCCGAUAAUUUCGCUUUCCCCGCAGUCUUGAAGGCCGCCACUGCCCUUCAAGACUUGCCUUUAGGAAAACAGAUUCAUGCCUCUGUUGUUAAGCUCGGCUAUGAUUCUCUCUCCGUCACUGUUGCCAAUACACUUUUGCAUAUGUAUGGUCGAUGUGGGGAUGAUGUCUGCCAAGUUUUUAAGGUAUUCGAUAGAAUUCCCCAGAGGGACCAAGUUUCUUGGAACUCCUUGAUAAAUGCUUUAUGUAAAUUCGAGGAAUGGGAGUUAGCUUUAGAAUCUUUUCGCUUAAUGGGAUUGGAGGGCAUCGACCCUAGUUCUUUUACUUUGGUAAGUGUAGCUCUUGCCUGCAGUAACUUGAAUAAGCACGAUGGAUUAAGGCUGGGAAAGCAGGUUCAUGGGUAUACUCUGAGAAUCAAUGAACAAAAGACCUUUACAAACAAUUCUUUGAUGGCAAUGUAUGCAAAACUAGGGAGAAUUGAUGACGCUAAGAUUGUGUUCGAGAGGUUUGCUCAACGUGACAUGGUUUCUUGGAACACAGUUAUUAGUGCAUUUUCCCAAAAUGAUAGGUUCUAUGAAGCAUUGGAGUACUUCAGUUGUAUGAAAGACCAAGGAUUUCAGCCUGAUGGUGUCACAUUUUCAAGUGUGCUUCCUGCAUGUUCCCAUAUGGAGUUGUUGGAUCUUGGAAAAGAAAUCCAUGCUUAUGUGAUCAGGAAUGAUGAUUUUGUGUGGAACUCCUUUGUGGCCAGUGCUUUGGUAGACAUGUAUUGCAACUGUAAACAAGUCAUAAGUGGGCGUAGAGUUUUUGAUGGUUCACAAGAUCGGAGGCUUGGACUCUGGAACGCCAUGCUUGCUGGUUAUGCCCAGAAUGGGUUUUAUACAGAGGCAGUGAUGUUAUUUAUGAAACUGGUUGCUGUCCCGGAUCUUUUCCCGAACCCAACCACAAUGGCUAGCGUUCUGCCAGCUUGUGUCCAUUGUGAAGCUUUUGCAGAUAAAGAGGCUAUGCAUGGGUAUGUUUUGAAGUUGGGUCUUGGAAGGGACAGAUAUGUGCAAAAUGCAUUAAUGGACUUGUACUCUAGGAUAGGACGGAUAGAAAACUCAAAGUAUAUAUUUGACAAUAUGGCGAGUAAGGAUAUUGUGUCUUGGAACACGAUGAUAACUGGUUACGUGGUUUGUGGUUACCAUGAAGACGCCCUAAUUUUGCUGCAUGAAAUGCAAAUAACUGGAGGGACAAGUGAAGAGAAUGAUGACUUUGAUAAUAAUUUCAAGGUCUCAUUUAAACCUAAUUCAGUAACACUCAUGACCAUCCUUCCUGCUUGUGCUGCUCUAGCAGCUCUAACAAAAGGAAAAGAGAUUCAUGCUUAUGCCAUUAGGAAUGCACUAGAAUCCGAUGUGGCAGUUGGAAGUGCAUUGGUUGAUAUGUAUGCCAAGUGUGGUUGCUUAGAUAUGGCUAGAGGAGUUUUUGAGAGCAUGCGUAACAGAAAUGUAAUAACAUGGAAUGUUAUCAUUAUGGCUUACGGGAUGCAUGGAGAAGGAGAAGAGGCCUUGGCACUUUUUAAGAGGAUGGUGGCUGAAAGGACCAGAGGUGGAGAAGUGAUGCCAAAUGGGGUUACAUUUAUUGCAGUUUUUGCAGCAUGCAGUCACUCUGGGAUGGUUGACGAAGGCCAACAGUUGUUCCAGAGUAUGAAAGAGAGCUACGGAGUUGAGCCUAAUGCUGAUCAUUACGCUUGUGUAGUCGACUUGCUUGGUCGAGCAGGUCGGCUGGAUGAAGCAUUUGAAAUCAUCAACUCCAUGCCUACUGGACUCGACAAGGUAGGGGCAUGGAGUAGUUUGCUCGGUGCUUGUAGGAUCUACCAAAAUGUGCAGCUAGGGGAAAUUUCAGCCCUUAAACUGCUAGAGUUUGAACCAACCGUUGCUAGCCAUUAUGUUUUACUUUCUAAUAUCUAUUCUUCGGUUGGGCUUUGGGAAAAAGCUAAUGAAGUUCGGAAAAACAUGAAGGAAAUGGGGGUAAGGAAAGAACCCGGAUGCAGUUGGAUUGAAUGUGGUGAUGAGGUUCAUAAGUUCUUGGCUGGAGACACGUCACACCCCCAAAGCGAGCAGCUGUACGAGUUUCUCAGCGAUUUAUUUACCAGAAUGAAGAAGGAAGGGUAUGUGCCGGACACAUCUUGCGUUCUUCACAAUGUUGAUGAGCAAGAAAAGGAAAACUUAUUGUGCGGACACAGUGAAAGAUUGGCAAUUGCUUUUGGUCUCCUUAAUACCCCUCCUGGGACAACUAUUCGGGUGGCCAAGAAUCUGAGAGUUUGCAACGACUGUCAUUCUGCUACAAAAUUUAUCUCUAAGAUUGUAGAUAGGGAGAUUGUAGUGAGGGAUGUGAGGAGAUUCCAUCAUUUCAAAGAUGGAGCUUGCUCUUGUGGGGAUUACUGGUGAGGUAUAUUUAGGCAUUGAAGAUGGAGAUAUGGAUGUUGUUGUAAUAUACUGAUUAUUCAAAUACCAUUAUUUAACACGUAUGGAGAUGAUGAAUGACUUUAUAUUC